ACGAGUCAUAAGACUCACAAGUCAUGAGCCAUAAUUGAACUGCCCCGCGAACAAGUACUCGUUAACGAGUUUCUUCUUUAUCCAUUUCAAUCUUCUACUCUCCCUUCAUAGUGAAACUGUGGAAAGCUACCCUGGAAAACAGCUUAAACUACAAUUUUAUGGCAGUUUUAGCAAGAAUUAAACUUUGAAAUUCCCAUUAUUUUCUUCAAUUUAUCCGUUCUUAAUCACCCCCUCUUACUUUACUUUCUGCCUUUCUGGUAUUUAUUUUCUUCUGAAUUUAUAAAUAUAAAAAAAUUAAAAUAAAAAAUCAAGUAGGUAAAGCCCAGAAAUUUUGAGAAUUGAAAAUUGAAGCAAACGUCAGAAAUAAUAAUGUGGGUUGCAGCAACCCCAUUGAAUUAUUCGCGCUUCUUUAUAAUUAAACGCUGCAAUUAUUCUUCAUUUCGUGUUCAAUGUUCUGAUAAUCCUCGUGGAUUCGGCUCUGAAGACGAUGAUAAAAAUACCAAAAAAUGGAGCAGCUCAAAGCAGCAAAAGAGCAUUCUUCCACAACAAAGCAAGUCAGCGAGUACGGAAUCUAGCUCUAUGCCUAGUCAAGCACCAGGAGUGAGUUCAAGGCCUGACAAAAAGUUUAAGCAAACUUUCUCUGAUCUAGAGUUUGAGAAAAAGCUUCAAGCAGUCAAAAGGUCUGCUGUUGAAAAGAAGAAAUCGGAGACUACAAAAGAGUUUAGGGCAAUAGACUAUGAUGCACCAAUUGAACCAAAACAGAACACAGUCGGGCUUGGGACUAAGAUCGGAGUUGGAAUUGCUGUUGUGGUCUUUGGCCUUGUUUUUGCUUUGGGAGACUUUCUACCAACUGGAAGCAUAACUUCCAGUGAAGACAAUGGAGCACUCAGUAAAAAGUUGUCCAAAGAAGAGACAGCAGUUCUUCAGAGUAAGCUUCAGCAAUAUGAGGCAACUCUGAGCUCUUCGCCUAAAGAUCCAGUUGCUCUUGAAGGAGCUGCAGUCACAUCAGCAGAACUUGGUGAAUAUGCUCGGGCUGCUACUUAUCUCGAGAACUUGGCAAAGGAAAAACCAAGUGACCCAGAUGUCUUUCGCUUGUUGGGGGAGAUAAAGUAUGAGCUCAACGAUUAUGAAGGAAGCACUGCAGCAUACAAAAGUUCAGCAAAGGUGACCAAAGGUAUUGAUUUUGAAGUUCUUCGUGGCCUUACGAAUGCAUUGCUUGCUUCUAAGAAGCCAGAUGAGGCUGUUCAGGUCCUUCUGGAUAUCCGUGAACGUCUCAAUAAUGGUAAAUCUAGUGAUAGCACUGUCAAGACAGAAAGUAGCACAGAGGAAAAUGACGCCCAGAAUGUGGAUCCAAUUCAAGUUGAACUGCUGCUUGGAAAAGCCUAUUCAGAUUGGGGUCAUAUCAGCGAUGCAUUAUCUGUUUAUGAUCAAUUGAUUUCUAGUCAUCCUGAUGACUUCCGGGGAUACUUAGCUAAGGGGAUAAUAUUGAAACAAAAUGGCAAUGUUGGAGAUGCAGAACGGAUGUUUAUACAAGCACGUUUCUUUGCUCCUGAGAAAGCAAAGGCAUUUGUUGAUCGUUACUCAAAAACUUAACAGUACAUAGUAUAUUUGGAUUGCAUAGCGAGCAAGAAAUGAAAUCAAAUAAGCUCCUACGUAUCCUAUACUCGUAAAAAAAAGAAGAAAAAAAAAACUGAAGGAGAAAUGGAGUCGCUUCAAUACGCUAUUCCACUGUAUGUUACAUUGAACAAAUCAAUAUUAAUAUACAUCAAUGUGCCAUGACUGUCUUCCUUCCUUACUCCUGGCCAACCUCGCUCUCAGCUCGCUGUGUCGACCACCUCCUUGCUUGCAGUGCCAGCCAACCCCCCUAUGCUCUUGAGCGUUGUAAAUCUAACUGGUAAAAUUUGGUGAAAAGCAUUAGAUAGUGUUCCUAAUAUUGAUACAUUAUCUUGAGCACUAGAAUUUUGAUAUUUUUGAGAUGUAUAGGUGUUCAAGACUCUGCAAUGGUCCAUCAAUAUCAUAACAGGACGAUAGCAUAUAUUUUUCAUAUGAUUCCACUAUUUUCUGUA